UCGGUGGCCAUCGCGCACGGGGUCUUCUCGGGCUCCCUCAACAUCCUCCUCAAGUUCCUCCUCAGCCGCUACCGGUUCUCCUUCCUGACCCUGGUGCAGUGCCUGACCAGCUCCACGGCGGCGCUGAGCCUGGAGCUCCCGCUGCAGUCCAGCCUCACGCUCUGGUCGCUGCGCGGCCUCAGCCUGCCCAUGUACGUGGUCUUCAAGCGCUGCCUGCCCCUGGUCACCAUGCUCAUCGGCGUGCUGGCGGUGCUGGUGCACGCCGCCUACCUGGUGCUCAUCCAGAAGGCGAGCGCGGACACCCAGCACGGGCCGCUCACCGCGCAGUACGCCAUCGCCAUCUCCGCCACCCCGCUGCUGGUCGUCCUGUCCUUCGCCAGCACCGACGCGAUCCAAGUCUGGGCCUUCCCCGGCUGGAAGGACCCCACGAUGGUCUGCAUCUUCGUGGCCUGCGUCUUGAUCGGCUGCGCCAUGAACUUCACCACGCUGCACUGCACUUACAUCAACUCGGCCGUGACCACCAGCUUCGUGGGCGUGGUGAAGAGCAUCGCCACCAUCACGGUGGGCAUGGUGGCCUUCAGCGACGUGGCGCCCACCUCUCUCUUCAUUGCCGGGGUCGUGGUGAACACCCUGGGUUCCAUCAUUUACUGUGUGGCCAAAUUCUUGGAGACCAGAAAGCAAAGCAACUACGAGGACCUGGAGACGCAGCCGCAGGGAGAGGAGGCGCAGCCAGGUGGAGACCAGCUGCCUUUUGUCAUAGAGGAGCUGCCAGAGGAGGUAGCUGGCGGGGCAGAAGGUGGAAAGGUAGCAGGUGGCUCCGCUCAGCAAAGGGGGCAAGGGGUGAGGGGCAGCCCCAGAGGAGUCCCGCUGGCGGCUAGUACCUGGCAGAUGGCAGACAGCGCUGAAGAAGCCAGCAAAAGGUCACUAAAGGAUGCUUACCUGGUAGUGUGGAGGUUAGUCAGGGGAACCAAGUAUAUAAAGAAGGAUUAUUUGAUAGAAAAUGAGGAGUCACCCAGUCCUUGAAAAGGAAGCGCAUGUAUGUAUAUGUGUACAUAGAUACUUAUUUUAUAUGUUAGAGACAACAUAUUUUAAUGAGGGGCUGCCCAGUUUUAUUCUUUGAGGAGUGGGGCAGGGAAGCAAAGAAAGAAUCUGAACCAGACUGACAGCAACAAAAUUAGCACCGGUGUGAAUUAUUUAGCAUCAGUUCACCUGAGGCAUAACACAGACAAAAGAAUAUGAAGGUGCUUAACAAAAUAAGACAGUGGGUUCAGCUGCAGACUCUUGGCACGCACAUUUUUUUGACAUUAUAACCAUAACCAAAUAUCUGCAUGUACUGAGUCCCUCAACCACCCUCAAAGAUGGAGUGCAGAAAUGAUGGCAGCAGGUAAUUAGCUCAAAGAUUACAUCCAAGGGCACAUUUUUGAUGCUAGAACUACAGUUUUUUAUGGCCAGCUGGGCAAAGAGUAUAUUAUUGAAAAGAUAUAUAAAUACACUGAAUUGAUGUUUACUGUUUAUAGUCAUCUGAAAUAUCAUGUUAAUUCUAAUUUUCUUCACUUGUUUUUAAACAAUAAGUGUUCUACUAUUCUAUUAUAUAUUGGUAAGAAAUGUCAAAGCUAUUUUGAAAAUAUGAGUUCUUAGCUCUAAUCAUCAAGUUUAAUGUUGGCUUUUAGUAAUUACUAUAGAAAUAUUUUAAAAGUUGUUUUGGUUCACUGCUUUGUAAUAUUUAUUAUUGAAUGCCAUGACCUUUUUAAAUACCAGUUUUACUGUGUCCAAUAUUCUCUCAAGCAAAUGCAAUGGCUGAAAUAGAAUUCAGCAUUAAGAAGCCCAAACAGAAGUAAAACCUUCCUAUUAAGCUAGUCCUUGCAAAUCGCAUUGCACAUUCCAAACCUUGUUACAGAAAGAGCAACUGCUAUAUUCACUUGAUAUUUUUCUAUCUUACAUUUGUCGAAAUAAAGUCUGAGUCUAUCUGCUAAAA